AACGGCUUGUUAAAUUGAUAGAAAAAGAUUUAAGUUGGUUUAUCUAAUUCAAUUUGACUAGUUGCCUUUGAGACCUUAAACAGAAAAUAAGCAGCUAACGAUGUUGAAAGGACUCAAGAACCGAGCAUAUGUGCUUGCAGCUGUAAUGUCCUGCAAUUUAGCAGCAUUCGCCGUUGGACUGACCAUAACAUGGACAUCUCCAGUGUUCCCGAAAAUGAACAACAGUACAGGUAACUUGGACGAAAAUCCUUUUGACGCACCUACCACCACUGAAGAGCAGUCCUGGAUAGCAGCUCUUUUAUCUUGUGGAGCUAUUUUUGGGCCAUUUAUUGUAGGACUGCUUGCCGAUAGAAUCGGGCGUAAAUGGACUUUAGUGUACGCAUGUGGGAUUCCCCUAACAGCAGCAUUUCUAAUAACGGCAUUCGCUAAAACCCCAGUUCUAUACUACGUGGCGAGGUUUCUGGGAGGCCUGGGUGUAGGGGUAGUUUUUGGCGCUUUGCCCAUGUACAUAGGAGAAAUUUCUGAAACAUCGAUAAGAGGAACUCUGACGUCGUUUAUCAAUAUUUUUAUGGUUGGUGGAGAACUACUUUGUUACGCGGUGGGACCCUAUACAUCGGUUAUGUGGUUCAGCAUAAUUUGCGCUGUGUUUCCUGCGCUUUUCGUGAUUUUGUUCUCGUUUUUCCCGGACAGCCCUCAAUAUUUUAUUUUGAAAAACAAUAUCCCUGCUGCUGAAUCGUCCCUUGCAAAGCUUAGGGGUACGGACGUGGGAGGAAUUAAAAAAGAAUUUGCAACAAUUAAGGAGAAUGUUGAAACCGAAAUGAAAAAUAGAGGCACAAUAAUGGAUGUGAUAAAAAACCGCGGUUCGAGGAAGGCCUUAUUGAUAUGUUCGGGUCUAGCAGGCAUACAGCAAUUAUCAGGUAUCAAAAUUGUCUUAACGUAUACGACGGAUAUUUUUAAUGCUUCCGGAAGCUCCUUGAAUUCCGACAUUUCUUCCCUUAUAGUUGGAUUAGUCCAGUUUGCUUCAGGUUUUAGUACCCCUGUUUUAGUAGAUCGACUAGGGAGAAAAAUGUUGCUAUUGAUAUCAGCAGUAGGAAUGGUGAUAUCAGAAGUACCACUUGGGCUUUAUUUCUACUUAAAAGAAAAUAACUACAACGUGAGCUAUAUUGAUUGGUUACCCAUUGUUUGUAUGAUUGUAUAUAUUAUUACAUACAAUUUUGGCUUUGGCCCGUUGCCCUUGGGGCUCAUGGGCGAAGUAUUCUCGGCUGAUGUAAAAGCUGCUGCUUCUACUGUAGCGGCAAGUUUUAACGCUUUUAUGGCUUUCAUUGUGGUCAAAGCUUUUAGUAAUUUACAAGACGCCGUCGGACCCGGUGUGACCUAUUGGAUUUUUUCCUUUUUUAGUUUCUUAGGAAUAAUAUUCACCCUCUUGUUCGUGGUGGAAACUAAAGGGAAGACGUUUGCCGAAAUUCAAGAAAGAUUAAACCGAUGAGACUGUUACUCAUUUUCAGAUCGAACUACUAUUUGUGUCGAUUCUUUUAAAGCGGUACUAAGCUGGUUCGAAACGGCUUUUUUUUUGCUAUUCAUUCGUUCCUUUAUGACAAUCGCUUUGAAUUUUCCAUUUAGUCAUUCCAUGUAUCUUAAUUUCAACCACAUGUAGGUGAUAUUUAUUGUUUUCGAAAGCCUACGUCAAGAAAUAGUCUUUCAGUGAAGUAUCUUGAAUAGAUAAUAUUAUUAUUAUUAUAGAGACUGUCUAUAAAUAAGGUAAAGUAAAUUGGGGCGAGGAGAAGGCUCGAAUCUGACAUCUCAGCCCUGAUCCGGGGGUGGCAAUGAUAGUGAGUGAUAAUGGUUUUGCGUUGCGUGUUAGUAAGCGACGAUUUUAGAACCGGAAAAUUAGCGAUAGGUAACAUUAACAGAAUUUUUAUAUGAUCCUAUUGUUGUUUAGCAAUGUGUCAUCAUUUAAUACAAUCAAUUUUUAUAAAAAAUGAAAAAACAUCUUUCUUUUAUGAAUCCAACCUUAAAAUGUAAAAUUUACGAGUUACGUAACGGAAUGAGGAGAGUGAAGGGUCAGGCCUGACGUUACGGUCCUGAUGUGUACAAGGAGGGAUUGUUAAUGAUUGUUGAAUUUUUCAUUGUAAACGUGUUACUUAUCCUAUUUUGAUGCAAGUAGGCCAUAGCAGGUGCUUUCUAUCCUUUGAUAAUUACAUAAUAGAAUAAUUAUUAUUAUUUUAAUACAUAAUGUUAUUACUAUUAGACUGAAUUAAAAAAAGUACAAAUAAGUUUAUUCUCAUCGAUCCAUUAAACAAUGUUACGUGUUACUAAUUAAUAAUUAUUAAUUCAAUUAUUUAACUAUAAUUUAGAGAAGCGCUAUAUUGCUAUAUACAG